AUUACACAAAUAUAAUUUCGACACGUAUAUUCGGAUAAGAACAUUGUUAAAAGUGCGAUGAAUCUUAACUUCGGAUUUUGUGUAGCGCGAGCAGUACCGGAUAAUCGAAGCCAGUCGGAUCAAACUGCAAUUUAAAAAUGCCUCUACAUCGUAGCGAAGUACAUUGGAUCGCGCUAAUUCUCAUAAUUACGUGUGGGAUUUCAUGGGCUAGCACACAAUGCAAGACAAUCGUGAUGGACGUACACAUGAAGAAGUGCAGGCUCGGUGCUAGAGUCAAAAGAGGCAUGGAAAAAUUCGAUCUCCAGAAAUACGACGAAAAAUACGAAUCGAAGAGACAAGAGCAGUUUGACUACUACCCCUGGCCGAAUGAUUCAGUGCCUCACGGUGUUCCGCAGAAAAGACAGCUGUCAUCCGGACUAAUCACCGGCGAUAUCGCUCUGCCGAUCGUGGCGGAGGCUAUAAACGGCGCUGCCAAAGCCAGGGCGUACAUCGUCUCCGGGACAGGAUAUUACGAUCCCGGUUCAAGUCUGUUAAGACCUACUUUCGGUCGAUCAGGAUAUUAUUCCCUGAUGCCUUAUCCGCUUGACAGAAGGAGUGUUACACCCUUCCGCACCCCGGCCUUUAACGACGAUCUCGAGCUUAAUGACGAAGAACUGGGCGAACUGUAUAAUGAUAUCUAUGAAAGAUCACCAAGAGCUUCAAAACAAGAGGCUUGGAGAAUUUUUUUAGAAACAGCUUCGAAAUGCUGUCAAAAUGUCGAUAAAUGUCUUAAAGAAACGAUGCGCAUACCUUGUUUAGCAAGUCAAACGUCUUAAGAUUAAGAUUCGACAACUUUCGAAAUUAGCGGUUCCUUAAAAGAG